GGAUGUCUAUCGCGCCGGAAGAGAAGAAGGUCCUUUUCCCAGCCAUCUUGUGGCUUCAUCUAGCGAAGUGUUCGCACCAAGCCUCAUAGAAUCGGAGGAAAAUCCUGCUGAAGGGGCGCCAUCAUGCCCGGACAAAUGCAAGAAGGUUUUGGCUGUGCCAUAACCAAUCGGUUCGACCAGUUAUUUGACGACGAGUCGGAUCCGUUUGAGCAGCUUAAGCAAGCCGAAGUGAAGAGGAAGGAGGCUUCUGCUCCUGGUGCCGCCAAGACUGUAGCCCAGGCUGCCAAGCAGCCGAAAAAGGAGUCCCAAAAAGACAGAAAGGCCCCACUGGCUGAUAAGAAGGAGGAGACCCAGGCACCCGUCCCACUUAAGAAAGAUGGUGCCGGCAUGAGGAGAAUGGGCCGCAAGCCGGAGGGCGAUGGCUCCAGACCCCAGGGCGGCCAGGGAGAGGGGCGCCCCCCCACAGACAGGCGGCCUGUGGACAGGCGGCCCCCACGUCGCUUCGAGAGGCCUGCUGGUGAAGGUGGCGAGAAGCCCGAGGGAGGCGAAUUCUCAGUGGAAAAACCCAUUGGUGAUAGGCCGAUGAGAGGUCGUGGCGGCGGCAGAGGUGCUCGUGGCGGCGGCAGAGGACGCGGCAUGGGACGCAGCGAUGGCUUUGAUUCCCGAGGAAAGCGUGAAUUUGACAGACACAGUGGCAGUGACCGAUCUAGUCUGAAAGGUGAGGAGAAGCGUGGUGGAAGUGGAUCUCACAACUGGGGCACCGUCAAGGAUGAAUUAAAUGAACUUGACCAAUCAAACGUCACUGAAGAGAACCCUGAAGGAGAGGAGCAUCCACCUGCUGACUCUGAGAACAAAAGGGAGAAUGAGGUUGAGGAAGUGAAGGAGGAAGGCCCCAAGGAGAUGACUCUGGAUGAAUGGAAAGCCAUGCAGGACAAGGAGCGGGCCAAGGUGGAGUUCAACAUCCGCAAGGUCAAUGAGGGAGAUGAUUGGAACAAAGGAUUUGUGCUGCACAAGUCCAAGGCAGUGACACAGGAUAAGAAAACUGAGCUGAUUGAGCCUGAGGCUGAUGAAUCUAAGUUAGAUGAUCAUCACUUCAGGAAGCCAGCCAAUGACAUCACGUCCCAGCUAGAAAUCAACUUUGGAGACCUGGGCCGUCCAGGACGUGGUGGACCACGUGGUGGUCGGGGUGGACGUGGUCGCGGCCGUGGCGCCGCUGGCGGUCCUGGCAGCGGCGGUGCUGCUGGUGGCUUUGCCCCUGAAGCCUCCAGGCCAGUCCGUGCACCAAGGACUGAAAAGUCAUCUGCGUCUGUGCCCAAUGUGGACGACCCAGAGGCCUUCCCAGCCCUGGCUUAAGCUGCGGCUGCUGUCCCUCAGGCCUACAGGAGCCUUUUGAGCACCUCCACUAUGAGGCUUGCAUGUUCCUGGAUCCUUCAGCAAAGUGAAAUGAUGGAGAAGAGUGUCAUCAACAGUGGCACUCGACAUGAGGACUGAGUUUUACCCAAUAAAAACAAAACAAAGAUGGAAAAAAACAGAAAUUAACAAAAAAAUAAACAAAAAAAGAAAAGGACUUCUUGCUACUCUGGAGCAACUUAUUGGUAGAGGUUUUGUACUUGGAAACAAAGUAGCAGGGAUGUUUUCAUACAGUAUUUUUUUCAGAGGUUAUGCAUUGUCCAUUGAUAAAUUUUUGUAAUUGCUGCUUGAAAAUAUGCAUUUCCAAAUGUAAGCAUAAGAAGAGUGUGUUUAGCUUGGUGUGAGCCAUUGCUUGCUCGCUUUUGAAAUAGGCACUGUGGAGCUCCAAACCAAGCUCAUUAGCUCUGCCACACCAGGAGUUCCUGAUGAAGUUAGAGCUUCACUCAUUGAGAUUUAUAGAUUUUUCUUUUUUUUCUUUAGCACUGGGGUAUUGUUUUAUAUUUUAUACAGGAGGUCUAUUCUUCUAUGAUCUUCAGCCUGUAAAUCUUGACUAUUUUCAUAAAUUCUUUCAGAGACUGUAUUUCACAUGGUGCAAAUACGACACAUCUGGAUCUUUUGAUCGGGGGAUGAGGUCUACAUUUGAAUGCAUAGAUGAAAUGGCGCCAAAAUCUGUAUUAAGGUUCUUUUUUUACUGAAAUGCUCUUAAGGAGAGGAACAUUAGGUCAUUUUGGAGGAACACAUUGGUGAUUACUCGACUAAAUUUGCAUUGAUCCUGACACAUUUGUCUAGUUGAUUAAUUUCAAGCUGAAAGUUGUUCCAUGUGUUCAGAUGUACUUGGGGUGCUAUAUGCCAUCUAAUGUCUCUUCCUCCCAGCCCAUUUCAUCUUUGAUUACUCACCAUGUGCAGGUCAAUUAUUGCCUUUUGUUUUCACUUUAAAGAGUGAUGGGGAGAGGAAGUGUCUUUACACAGUUGAGAUGUGGCUGUAGUCGUCGGGGAGCCCUCAGACCUUAUCCGACUGUUUACACUCCACUCGAGCAUCCUUCCACAGAUGUAAACUCAGCCCAGCUUCAGUUUGUUUCUGCGGUCUUUUCUGCGCUGAUCUUUUCCUCCACUGUUGACUCGCCCUGUAGCUUCCACAGUGGCACCACUGCAUAAUUGCUCUGAAAGAAAUACAGUCGUUCAUUGUGUGGAACAACUGAAGUGCUCCACAAAUGUGUGAAUUCUAGCCCUGCUAUUAGAGACCUCUGUCGGUAAAUAAAGAUGGUCGAUAAAUCUUU